UCCAUCUCAAAAAUUUCAAGACUCAUGCUUGCCUUCUAUCUAAGCACUACUCCUCCUAGUUAAUUAGCUAGUAGCAUCUCUCAUCUCCUCCUCCCUUCUUGAGGCUCCGAUCUAUACAGUAGCUAGUAGUCAACAGUAGUAUAAACUGUGUGUAGUAGUAGACUGUUGUGUAGAGGUUGCUACAGAGCAAUCCAACAGCUAGCACAUCAGAGCUGAGCAGUCACCAUUGUUUAUCAGUCGCCAUGACGAGCUCGACUAGACUGCCUAAUCUUCCAGCUGGGUUCCGCUUCCACCCCACAGAUGAGGAGCUCAUCGUCCACUACCUCAUGAACCAAGCUUCCUCCAUCCCAUGCCCUGUCCCCAUCAUCGCCGAGGUCAACAUCUACCAGUGCAACCCAUGGGAUCUUCCUGCCAAAGCUUUGUUUGGAGAGAACGAGUGGUACUUCUUCAGCCCGAGGGAUCGCAAGUACCCCAACGGCGCCCGCCCCAACCGCGCCGCCGGAUCCGGCUACUGGAAGGCCACCGGCACCGACAAGGCCAUCCUGUUGACUCCGACGAGCGAGAACAUCGGAGUCAAGAAGGCCCUUGUGUUCUACGGCGGUAAGCCUCCCAAGGGUGUCAAGACAGACUGGAUCAUGCACGAGUACCGCCUCACAGGAGCUAACAAGAACACCAAGCGUAGAGGAUCCUCCAUGAGGGUGGACGACUGGGUCCUCUGCAGGAUCCACAAGAAGAGCAACAAUUUUCAGUUGUCUGAUCAGGACCAGGAAGGCUCCACUGUGGAGGAAGAAUCCCUCAACAACAAGAUGAAUGGCACAAUUACAGCCUCGCCCAAGUCUGAAGCCAAUAAUGAUGGUCAUGAUCAUCAGUUCCAUCCGACGACGAUGGCCAUGAACAAAUCAUACUCAAUCACCGAUCUCCUCAACACCAUCGACUACUCGGCGCUCUCGCAGCUCCUCGAUGCCCCAGCUGAACCUGAACCACCGCUAAUCUACCCAACAACAACACAAACACAUCACGAAGCACUACUUAACUAUAACAACAACGUGAACAAUAGCCACUUCAAUAUGCCACAAGUAGACGCAUAUUCAGAUCAUGUUGCGACUAAUUGCAACGGUCUGAAGAGGAAGCGAGUGAUGACUAUGGAUGGUGCUGAAUCCUCCUUCGACGAUGAUGGCAGCAGUAACUUCAGUAGAAAACUACUGAAGCUGCCAAGUGAUUCACGGAGCAGCAGCCACAGCCAUUUUGGCAGCACGACGAGCAGCUACUGCAACCAGCAGCUUGUGGACACGAGUGGUUUUCAGCACAGCAGCCUGCUGAGCUAUCCAUUCCUCGAGAUGCAGUAGUAUCUAUGUAGUAUUACACCGAGAGCUUGGUGUGAAUGAAUUCAUACAGCUGAAACUUCGACUGGGUCAAAUUAAACAAACUGAGCUGAGGGGUGGUGCUUGCUUGUGGCCGGAACAAUUCAAAAUUUCUGGAGCAUUUCGUUUUCAUUUUCAUGUAAAAUUAAAGGUUGUAAAUUAGGGAGGUGUACUACUGAAAGUCACGUGUGAAUCAAUGAAAGAUGACCACGUUCGUUUCUUGUACUA